UGGGGGGUGCCGGGCUCCAGGCGCGCACCUGAUUUUGAAGAUCAUGAUCACAUCGAUGCAUCUAUCUAAAUUGUUCCAGAAGACACCGUGGUCCUACAGAGAGCACAUCUAAAUUAUUGCCUAAUUCCAUAGUUUGCAAUUCAACAUAGAACAUUGUUUACUUCUAUCUAUCCAGACUCUCUUUUAUUUUUCCCACCAUGCUAUAUUUAACAGUUUGAACUCUUUUCCUAAAAUGGUCCUUCUCUUGAUCCUGUCAGUCCUGCUUUUGAAAGAAAAUGUUCGUGGGAGUGCACAGUCCAAUGAAAGGAGGGUGGUGGCUCACAUGCCCGGCGACAUCAUUAUUGGAGCUCUCUUCUCUGUCCACCACCAGCCUUCAGUGGACAAAGUUCAUGAGAGGAAGUGUGGGGCAGUUCGUGAACAAUAUGGCAUUCAACGAGUGGAGGCGAUGUUGCAUACUCUGGAGAGGAUUAACUCAGACCCUACACUCUUGCCCAACAUUACACUGGGCUGUGAGAUACGUGAUUCCUGCUGGCACUCAGCUGUGGCACUAGAGCAGAGUAUUGAGUUUAUAAGGGACUCACUUAUUUCUUCAGAAGAAGAAGAAGGUUUAGUGCGUUGUGUGGAUGGAUCUUCCUCUUCCUUUCGCUCUAAGAAACCCAUAGUUGGGGUCAUUGGGCCUGGCUCCAGUUCAGUGGCUAUUCAGGUUCAAAACUUGCUUCAGCUUUUCAACAUACCUCAGAUUGCUUACUCAGCAACAAGUAUGGAUCUGAGUGAUAAGACUCUGUUCAAGUACUUUAUGAGAGUUGUGCCUUCAGAUGCCCAGCAAGCACGAGCCAUGGUGGACAUAGUGAAAAGGUACAACUGGACGUAUGUAUCAGCUGUACAUACAGAAGGCAACUAUGGAGAAAGUGGAAUGGAAGCUUUCAAAGAUAUGUCAGCCAAGGAAGGAAUUUGUAUUGCUCACUCCUACAAAAUCUACAGCAAUGCUGGGGAGCAGAGCUUCGAUAAACUGCUCAAAAAGCUCAGGAGUCAUCUACCUAAAGCCCGGGUAGUAGCCUGCUUCUGUGAGGGCAUGACAGUGAGAGGUCUUCUUAUGGCCAUGCGGCGCCUGGGUUUAGCAGGAGAAUUUCUGCUUCUGGGCAGUGACGGCUGGGCUGACAGGUAUGAUGUGACAGAUGGAUAUCAGCAAGAAGCUGUUGGUGGCAUCACAAUCAAGCUCCAAUCGCCUGAUGUCAAGUGGUUUGAUGAUUAUUAUCUGAAACUCCGGCCAGAAACAAACCUUCGAAAUCCUUGGUUUCAAGAAUUUUGGCAACAUCGCUUUCAAUGCCGGCUGGAAGGGUUUGCCCAGGAAAACAGCAAAUACAACAAGACUUGCAAUAGUUCUCUGACUCUCAGAACUCAUCACGUUCAAGAUUCCAAAAUGGGAUUUGUUAUCAAUGCCAUUUAUUCCAUGGCAUAUGGGCUUCACAACAUGCAGCUGUCCCUCUGUCCUGGCUAUGCAGGACUUUGUGAUGCAAUGAAGCCAAUUGAUGGACGAAAACUAUUGGAUUCCUUGAUGAAAACUAAUUUUACUGGAGUUUCUGGAGAUAUGAUCCUAUUUGAUGAAAAUGGAGACUCUCCAGGAAGGUAUGAAAUAAUGAAUUUCAAAGAAAUGGGAAAAGAUUAUUUUGAUUAUAUCAAUGUUGGAAGCUGGGAUAAUGGAGAAUUAAAAAUGGAUGAUGAUGAAGUAUGGUCCAAGAAAAAUAGCAUCAUCAGAUCUGUCUGCAGUGAACCUUGUGAGAAGGGUCAGAUAAAGGUUAUCCGGAAGGGAGAAGUCAGCUGUUGUUGGACCUGUACACCCUGUAAAGAGAAUGAAUAUGUCUUUGAUGAGUACACCUGCAAGGCAUGCCAACUGGGAUCCUGGCCCACUGAUGACCUUACAGGUUGCGAUUUGAUUCCAGUACAGUAUCUUCGAUGGGGUGACCCUGAACCGAUUGCUGCUGUGGUGUUUGCCUGUCUUGGGCUCCUGGCUACCUUGUUUGUAACUGCAAUAUUCAUUAUUUACCGGGAUACUCCAGUAGUAAAGUCCUCUAGCAGGGAACUCUGCUACAUUAUCCUCGCUGGCAUAUGCCUGGGCUACCUAUGUACAUUCUGCCUCAUUGCAAAGCCCAAACAAAUUUAUUGCUACCUUCAGAGAAUUGGUAUUGGUCUCUCCCCAGCCAUGAGCUAUUCAGCUCUUGUAACCAAGACCAAUCGUAUCGCGAGGAUCCUGGCUGGAAGCAAAAAGAAGAUCUGUACCAAAAAACCCAGAUUCAUGAGUGCCUGUGCCCAGCUAGUGAUUGCUUUCAUUCUCAUAUGCAUCCAGCUGGGAAUCAUCGUUGCCCUCUUUAUAAUGGAGCCUCCUGAUAUAAUGCAUGACUACCCAAGUAUUAGAGAAGUCUACCUAAUUUGUAAUACCACCAACCUAGGAGUGGUCACUCCUCUUGGAUACAAUGGAUUACUGAUUUUGAGCUGUACCUUCUAUGCUUUCAAGACUAGAAAUGUUCCGGCUAACUUCAAUGAAGCCAAGUAUAUUGCCUUCACAAUGUAUACCACCUGCAUUAUAUGGCUAGCCUUUGUGCCAAUCUACUUUGGAAGCAACUACAAAAUCAUCACCAUGUGUUUCUCAGUGAGCCUCAGUGCCACAGUGGCACUAGGCUGCAUGUUUGUACCGAAGGUAUACAUCAUCCUAGCCAAACCAGAGAGGAAUGUACGCAGCGCCUUCACCACAUCUACAGUCGUGCGCAUGCAUGUGGGGGAUGGCAAGUCCUCUUCAGCAGCCAGCAGAUCCAGCAGCCUAGUGAACCUGUGGAAGAGGAGGGGAUCCUCUGGGGAAACCCUAAGGUACAAAGACAGGAGAUUGGCACAGCACAAGUCCGAAAUAGAGUGUUUCACCCCCAAAGGGAGUAUGGGGAAUGGUGGGAGAGCAACAAUGAGCAGCUCCAAUGGAAAAUCGGUCACCUGGGCCCAGAAUGAGAAGAGCAGCCGGGGGCAGCACCUGUGGCAGCGGCUGUCGGUGCACAUCAACAAGAAAGAGAACCCCAACCAGACAGCGGUGAUCAAACCCUUCCCCAAAAGCACCGAGAGCGCGCGCGCGCUGAGCGCGGGCGGCACGGGCGCAGGGGCACCGGGCGGUCCGUGCUGUCCGGGCGGCGCGGGAGCAGGUGCCGGCGGGCCCGAACCCCCGGACCACGGCGCGAAGGCGUUGUUCGACGUGGUGGAAAGCGAGGAGCUGGUGGCGGGGGCCGCUCGGCCGAGCUCGCCUUCCCCCAUCAGCACGCUGAGCCGGGGCGCGGGCUCGGUGAGCCGCACGGAGGACGACGUGCCGUCCCUGCACUCGGAGCCCGCGGCGCACAGCAGCUCGUCCCAGGGCUCGCUCCUGGAGCAGAUCAGCAGCGUGGUGACCCGCUUCACGGCCAACAUCAGCGAGCUCAACUCUCUGAUGCUGUCGCCGGCGCCUCCUGGCUCCAGCGCGGCCUCCCCGGCGCUCUGCUCCUCCUCCUACCUGAUUCCCAAAGAGAUCCAGCUGCCCACCACCGUGACAACCUUCGCGGACAUCCAGCCGCUGCCCGCCAUCGAGGUCACGGGCGGUGGCGGCAUGCAACCCGCGGUGGCCGUUGCCCCGCCGACGACAGGGGUUGCAGCCGAGGCCGCUGCGGCCGCCGGGCCCGAACCUGCAGUGUGCAAACAGGACCUGGAGGAGUUGGUGGCUCUCACCCCGCCGUCCCCUUUCCGAGACUCGGUGGGCUCCGGGAGCACUACGCCCAACUCUCCCGUCUCCGAGUCGGCCCUCUGUAUCUCCUCUUCUCCCAAAUAUGACACUCUGAUUAUACGAGAUUACACUCAGAGCUCCUCGUCCUUAUGAAUGUCACCGGACAGACACCACGUGUAUGGAGUCAGUCCCACCUGGGACACUUCACCUUGCCGUGUCCCCUACAGAACGCAUGACAAGCAUAAGUCGCCUAAGACCCCAGGUGAAAGAAAGAUGCCAGGACCGCUGCUGGAGUGUCAACAGGAGAUUAAAUAGUGCUAUUGAACACGAACCGAUGCAGAUACCAACUACAAAUCUUUGGGCAGAUUUUCUUCUAGUGGCCUUAGGAAAAAUGGGCUUUUAAGAAACAUGGCUAAAUAUCUUUUGAGGGACAACCAGGAGUCUGUCUGUUCCAACAGUGAUAUACCAAGUGCUUUGAUCUAGGAAAUAAUAUGGGAAACAGCAUAAUGGAGGGAGAGAAACAUAUUAAAUAAGCAACUGUAAAAUAUUUUUGUUUAAUUCUUUUCCCAGAAGAUUAUUUGAUUCACCA